UGCAGCACAUAAAGGUCUCGAUAUCCAAUGGAAGGGAGGGAGUCCACCCAUAGCCGAGCCUGUAUGUGGUUUCGACGGAACUGGAUGCAAACCCAACUAUACACUUCAUAUCAUAGGUGGCGUGCUUGCUGGAAUUAUACUGCUCGCUGCAAUCAUAGCAAUAAUCGUUUACAGGAAUUGGCAGUAUGAACAGGCAUUGGCCAGCUUACUGUGGAAAGUUGAUUAUAAUGAAUUGGAAUUCAAGAGUGUUUGCCGCGGUAGUCGGCUAAGUAUAGCAACCCAUGAUUCAAGAACAUCUAUGUAUGCAGACCCAUUAUCUGGGCGUGGCCAGGUGUUCACUAGAGUGGGAAGAUACAACCACACCCUUGUCGCUAUUAAACCUGUUCAUAAGAAGCAUAUUGAGAUGAGUCGUAUUCUAAGGAAGGAACUCAAAGAGAUGCGAGACCUGUGUCAUCCUAAUCUAUGUCAGUUCAUUGGAGCUUGUCCUGAUCCUCCUAAUAUCUGCAUCCUCACCGAGUACUGUACGCGUGGCAGCCUACAGGAUAUCUUGGAAAAUGACGACAUAAAAUUAGACGAAAUGUUCAUCGCAUCACUGGUUUCAGAUAUUGUAAAGGGAAUGCAGCAUCUACACAAUACUGAGAUCCGUACCCAUGGCAACCUCAAGUCUAGUAAUUGUGUUGUUGAUAGCAGAUGGGUUCUCAAAAUCACCGAUUUUGGGCUAAUUCACUUCAAAGUCGGGAAUCAACCGCCAGAUAUGGGAGAAUAUGCACAUUACCAAGGUUUCCUCUGGAAGGCACCUGAAAUCUGGGAGCCACAAGGAACACAAAAAGGUGAUGUUUACUCGUUCGGGAUCAUCUUAUAUGAAAUAGCCCAUAGACAAGGUCCCUUCGGAAACAUCGACAUGAGCCCAAAAGAAAUCUACGAAAAGGUGAAAAGUAAAGAAGAAUUGAUUCCUUUUCGUCCUAACGUGAUGGAGAUAGAGAACUGUCCAGAAUGUCUUCUGACUACAAUGCAAGAAUGCUGGGCAGAUGAUCCUGAGACGAGACCAGAUUUCAAAAUGAUUGCAAAUAAACUCAAACCUCUUCAUAAAGGAAUGAAACCAGAUAUCCUAGAUAAUAUGGUAAUGAUUAUGGAGAAGUAUGCAAACAACCUGGAGGAGAUAGUUGAAGAUAGAACACAGCAGCUGGUAGAAGAAAAGAAGAAAACAGAAAAUCUAUUACACAGGAUGCUGCCUAAACCAGUAGCCAAUCAGUUGAAGCGUGGGAUGCAAGUCGUACCCGAGUCUUUUGACUGUGUGACUAUCUUCUUUAGUGAUAUCGUUGGCUUCACAAAACUAUCAUCGAUGAGUACGCCUUUUCAGGUGGUUGAUCUCCUCAAUGACCUCUACACUCUCUUCGAUGACAUCAUCAGUUACUACAAUGUUUACAAAGUCGAAACCAUUGGCGAUGCCUACAUGCUGGUAUCUGGACUACCUAUACGAAACGGUAAUCGACAUGCGGCAGAGAUAGGAUCAACGGCACUCCAUCUCAUCGAUGAGGUCCAGAAAUUCAAAAUCCGACAUCGCCCGGAUGACACGCUAAAACUGAGAGUUGGCAUUCAUUCUGGACCGGUAGUGACUGGUGUGGUCGGGUUAACGAUGCCUCGAUACUGUUUGUUUGGUGAUACUGUCAAUACAUCAUCAAGAAUGGAAUCAAAUGGAGAAGCCUUGAAAAUCCACUGCAGCGUCGAGUGCAAAGCUAUCUUAGAUGAGGUUGGAGGCUUUGUCUUGCCCGAAAGAGGAAUGGUUGCCAUGAAAGGAAAGGGUGAACUUCUUACAUACUGGCUCGUCGAUCAGGAUCCAUCAUACAAACGACAUAAGCCACGCACGGAAGAUGUAGAGGAAGAUGAUGUCGAGGAUACGGACAGCCUGAGUGAAAAGCAUAAGAUGAAGAAAAGUCCAGGGAAAAGCUACUUGCGGACGCCUCUAGGGUCAACCUAUAUGGCGCCCUCUACGUCGACCGCAAAUACGGGCAUGAAGUCUUCACGCAGUGUACAGGAUAUCAGCAGCUCAAACGUGAGGGAGGAUGCUCAGUUGCGACGGGACUCUGAUGUUGUUACGCGGAGACGCAACAGUGAUAUUUCAAGGACAGAACUACCUAGAAACGGCAAGAAUGGAUAUACUCUACUGCCCAUGGAUUGCGAUGAUUCACUACCGUGCUCUAAAAGCGAAGAGGUAGAGAUUAGGACAACAGAUUUCGGGAAUGGCAGUGGGGAUUGUUCUAGUCAGGCGCGCAGUGUAUCUGCUUGUUCAUUAAAUAGAUGUGAAGCGCUUAGUGAAGAAGCAACCAUGAAUGGCGCUGUUGCGCAACGCUCAAGGAACAAUUCCCAAGGAAGCAAGACCAAGACCAAAAAAAAUAGCACAACGGAUUCCGGCAUCGGGAGCAAUGGGAAUAGUUCGCGAGAUUGCAACUUUCACAGUGAAAUUUUCCUUUGAGAUUCAGCGAUGUUCUUUCUAUCGCCUGUCAUGGUGCCUACGAUAUAACCCUGAUGAUGACUGGGAAUGAAUUGACCAAUGAACCUUAACAAGUAAACGGGGGCACAGACUUCAUUAAAGACUGCGGAAAGGACAAAGACAAUCGCAGAUAAUGUUAAAACCCGUUUACUUUCAUGAAUAGAAAUGACUAUUAACGCAUUCAUUUUCCCUGGAGAAAUGUUUGAACUUGGCUAUCAGAGUCACCCUUUUGUUAUACAGUACUAUGGAAACAAGUGGUGUCUAAAGAAUAAUUUUGUUUGACCAUCCAUGUUGUGGUGGUUCUGCCAUACAGCGAUAUGGACGCGUGUCAUAAAUUGUUUUCCCAAUAUUUAGUACUCCAUAUUUUUCCGUUGCUGAUUUAGUGAUUCCUUUUAUUUUUUACUAUUUGAAAUGCAUAUUUUCGUGUAAAUGUUUGUCCAAUCAGCUGAAACUUCCGUUGAAGUAAAAGAUGUAUAAGAUUGAACAUUAAAGUGAGUCAUUAUAUCAAAUUAUGAAUUGAUUAUGUAUAGACAAAAUUUGUAAUUCCUUGAAAGGUACAUACGUCACAUUCACGAAUUCAAGUAAUAGGGUGAAUAAUGAAAUGACAAUUUUUUAAUCGGAUAUAUAUAUAUAUAUAAACAUUAUUGAUUUGGUUAGUAUGGGGUUCAAAACUAGUAGGUGAAUUUAUAUAGAAGUCUUUACUUUUUUCACCAAAAUACAAUAUUUCUAAAUUGUAUUAACUUAAGUAAUUACCAGGCUUACCUGGUUUUAGGAUGGUGGAAGUCAUGGCUAAACGAAUGUAAUUGCAAUUUAAAUUCGCCACAUUCCACCCAGAAAAAAAGUGAAGGAAAAAAAAAUGAAGGAAAAAAGUGAAAACAAAAAAAGUCGAUGGGUAGAGGAGAUGUUUUCCCCUUUAUUAUUAUGAUGUUGUAAUUAUCCCAAGCAUGUGUGUGGCGCCAUGCAUCUCUUGACAUUAAAAACAAUAGACGUCUGUAAUCAAUAGCGAUAAGUUGCACGGGUCUACCGAAUCUUUCCCCUCCUACCAUUUAUCAUGGUAGGCUAAAUACUUCUCAAAAAGCCUAAUUGGUCAUCAAAAUCCUUUACAUCAUAAUUCAUAAGAAAGAAUAAUUACAAUCACGUGUCUGGCGUGUCAUAUAUGUUUAUUGGCCGUUGGAUGAUAAUCACGUUUUUAUCAAAUAUUCUUUCCAUAUUAACUGAACACACUUUACUUAAACAAUAUCCCAUAUAGAAUACUGGUAAGGCUACUGACCUGUGAUUUUUCGUAACUACAUGUAGUUGAACCUUGCUCCCUCCCCACCCCAUCUCUCCCCUGCACGAAAUUCAAGAUUGCUACACAACCGCCAUUUUGUUCCUUCAAGUCUUGGGAAUCGUUGGGACAGCGUUAGUGAAAAUCGGAAGAGAGAGCACUAGAUCCUGGCUCCAAUCGCAGGUUGGCUGAAAAAAGGGGGAAUUGUCAACGAUUUAAGUGCAAACGAAUUGAAAAUAUUUUGUUUGAAUCAAUUGUCCUAAAAUCACUCGUAAUUAUCUGAUAGAAUACCCCCGAACAAAAAGAAUGAGAAAAUAAGAAAAUUGCAAAUCCCCUUCCGCCAAAGCUUAUCUAAAAUGUCACAUUUGAUUAGGAUGGCAUGUACAUGUAAUUUUUAGUGUGUCUUACAAUGCUUGAAAUCACUGGCUUGUUUGUAACUUUUAAAUGCAUUUUACACAUUUCCAAAACAAUCGAAAAUACAAGCCGAACUACUCUUUCAAGCCAUAGAAUAGUUUGAGAGUCUUGCCAGAUGUAUGUUUGUAUUUCAAUUUUUUGUUUAUUAUCAUGAUUAUGUUAAGUGAGGUAUUGUAAUGUGAUACGUUUGUAUGCUUUUUUCUCAUUUUUUGAGACCAUACCACAAUUUUUCGAGUAUUACAAUUACGAUCAAUCGAUAAUGACUGGGACUGAUUAAUAUCAUAGGAAAUUAUUUGCUAAUCAUUUUGGCCUCUAUUCGAACUUGGGUUCAACUUAACACUUGGUCGAAAGCUGCACGGUUUGAUUAUGACCAUCCGAACAUGACACAUAUCCCCAAAGGGUGGAAGGUUCAAUAAAACAAUAUCAGUAUAAUCGGCAUUUAAAUUGAUAAAUGACGCUACUUUACCAAUAGAUCACGGGGAAAACGAUUACAGUAGACAUUUGCAGUAUGACAGUUUUGAUAUUUUCAUCUUCCUUUCAUUCUUAGCACAGGGUUAGGCAUUUUUUACAGAUUCUUUGAGGCUGGACAUCAGAAUACUGGUUCUAAGCAUGCGAAGGUCUACCUUCUUUGUCAUUAUUCUUUGAUUUCAUUAAUUUCCUAUAUUUAACGUUACACGGUCGGGUGCGGGAAUACAAUUCCUUUGGCAAACCACCGGGCAGGCAAUAAUGUUGUUGCUUAAUAUGUGCUUAAAGCUUCUCGCAAUCCCAGCCUGUAAUUUUUUUGCGAGGAGACCAAAUUCAUACUUUUUUGUAGCGUUGAUGAAACUUUGGAACAUUGUAUUAUAGAGCAGAAAUCAUGAAAAUGGUAUAGAUAAAGAACGUUUUACGUGUAAUAUAUUCAUCGUUGUAUAGCUUUACAUUGAAUACAUAACAACAAAUUAUAUUAUCUCCUUGGUUGUGAUUUAUAUCGUAUAGUUUUCAAGGGGACCCACAGAAGUCUUCAAAAGUAUAUUAAUCAUUUUUGUUAUUAUGUAUAUAAUUCAAAUAAAUGGAUAUAAUUCAUGAUGCAUUGCAAGUAUCUACUUUCAUCUCUUAGUGUAUAAUGACGCCGUUUUUCUUCCUUUCAAUCUGUUCUAAUCCGAUAUUGGUUAUUAAAGGCAAGAGGUUCAUUCAUCACU